AUGGCAACCAACAGUAUCAAGUUGCUCACCGGCAACAGCUACCCGGAGCUGGCCAGCAAAGUGGCCGACAGACUGGGAAUCGAACUCACGAAGAUUCUCGUGCUCCAAUACUCGAACCAGGAGACUUCUGUUACCAUCGGAGAGUCUGUCCGAGACGAAGAUGUCUUCAUUUUGCAAUCCACUCCUCCGGGGGACAUCAACGACGCUCUCAUGGAGCUUCUGAUCAUGAUCAACGCUUGCAAGACGGCAUCUGCACGCCGUAUAACUGCUGUGAUUCCGAACUUCCCGUACGCCCGGCAAGACAAGAAAGACAAAUCUCGCGCGCCGAUCACUGCCAAGCUCAUGGCCAACAUGCUGCAAGUAGCAGGAUGCAACCAUGUAAUCACGAUGGACCUUCACGCCAGUCAAAUCCAAGGCUUCUUCAACGUCCCGGUGGAUAAUCUUUAUGCAGAGCCAAGUACGCUACGAUGGAUUCGCGAAAAUCUUGAUGUCAAGGACUGCGUUAUCGUUAGUCCUGACGCAGGAGGAGCUAAGAGAGCAACUUCAAUUGCUGAUGGCUUAAACCUUGGGUUCGCGCUCAUACACAAGGAGCGAACGCGACCCAAUGAAGUUUCCAGAAUGGUGCUAGUUGGAGAUGUUAAGGGCAAGACGGCCAUACUGGUUGAUGAUAUGGCUGACACCUGUGGUACGCUUGUCAAGGCCGCCGAUGUGCUGAUUGCAGAAGGCGCUAAAGAUGUGCUCGCCAUUGUCACACACGGCAUACUGAGCGGAAACGCGAUCGAAGCACUCAAUGGCAGCAAGCUGAAGAAGAUCGUCGUCACCAAUACUGUUCCUCACGAGGACAAGAAGGAGCUGUGUGAUCGUAUCGAGACCAUCGAUAUUAGCCCAACUCUUGCCGAAGCCUGCAGGAGGACACAUAACGGCGAGAGCGUGUCUUUCCUUUUCAAGCACGCACCAGUCGAUUAGACUAUGUCUCUUUUGCACUAAGCAACACUGUUUGCCGAUGUAUCACCGGCGUAUGGGAGUUAAGGAGCGAAACCAGCAUCUGCUACAUUUUCAUACAUAUCAUUUGAUAUUAGGAAAGCCGAUGGUGAAUCUGAUCUCC